GUCAAAUUGAGCUCAAAGGGGCUGUGGAACAAACAAUAACUAUAAAAAUAAUAAUAUAACCGAGGAACCACAAUAGGUUACCUAAAAAAACAUUGUCACCUGCAUGUCCAUACUGUUCAGUUAUGGAUGUGUUCUAAGUCAAAUAAAAUUGAUAAAAUAAAAUUUGUUUAGACCACAUCGCAACAACAGUUAUCUCAAGGAGAAAACAAAACAUGCCCUACGCUGGAUUUCGACCUACUUGAGCAUUGUAGCUUUAUUUAUUUAUUUUUUUCCCCCCCAGGUAAGACUAAUGCCCACCCACACCUGGCAUCCUGGUAACACCACUGAACCUUAUAGUGUUGAGUCGGUCGCGAACGAUUCGUUCUUUUUGAAUGAUUUGUUUGGAGAAACUAGACCGAACUAAUCACCUCCGCGACCAAUCAGACACCAGCCUCGUCGCAGGCAAGGGACGGAGCGGGAACAGGAUCCGAGCGUCUGUCACUCACUUCCACAUGUGGCCAAUAAGCAGCCAGUGUGUAGGCAGGGGGCAAGACUGAGUUAUGUCACUUACUCGGUCCUGACCAAAAUUGCUGCACAUGGGGGGACGAGGGAGUGAAAACAGAAUAAUAGCGUCUGUCACUCAGUGACACUCACUUCUGAAUCUACGAUGAGUGGCCAGUGAGGAACCUGUAUGCAGGGGGCGGUGGAUUCCAAGAGGUCGCCUCGAGCCGUGCCUUCAAGUGCAUGUCAAGAACACACAAAUCUUCAUAACCGCUUGGAUGUUGUGGAAAAGAAAGUGGAGGACACGGUGGGCAAGUUGGAGGUUGAGCUGAAGGCUCUUCUGGAGGCCAUUGAAGACACUAAGUGGCGCCCCCAAUUGGACAAUUCAGGAAAAACUAUUGACAUCCUGGAGGACCCCAGGAACAUAGAGUCCUAAAUCAGAUAUCGACAGGGGGAUUUUAGAAGAUUUUGAACUUUAAAUAAGCAAUUAUAAAAGAAAAAGUUAACCGGAGUUGAAAUAACAACCUGGCAGUCAACUGUAGUGACUACUCUUCCCGAAAAGGUUAAAUGGUGGUGUAUUUCAUUCAUCAAGAAAACUAUUCAAAACUACCUACCCAUGUGAAAAAAUGACACCCUUAUUAAAUCAUGAAUUAACUGUGGUUAAUGACUUUUUGAAGUUCAUUUUCAGUAAACAUGAAUACUUUUACAGUCAAGAACAAUUAAAUCAUUUGGGGAAAAAAACUGGCAAAUUGGUCAUAACAUCACAAAGAGGUGGAGCUAAAUGCUACAAUCCAAAGAAUUUUAGGAGUAAAUGGCCUACUGCCCGUAGUUAGCUGGGAUAGGCUCCAGCACCUCCGCGACCCUUGUGAGGAAAAGCGGCAUGGAAAAUGAAUGAAUGAAAAUUAAAAUGACAUCUAUAAGCCUGGAAUGGCUUCGAAUACAGUGCCUGACAAAAGUCUUGUCGUUUAUCCAUUUUGUAGACACAAUUGCUAAUAACCUGACUUUUAAUUAUUCAAUUGGUUUCAGAAAUGGCUCAUAUGAUUGCUAAGACCCUCCCAAAUGAUGUUGAAUGUACACAAAUUAGGGCUGUCGAACAUUUAAAAUUUUUAAUCGAGUUAAUCACAGCUUAAAAAUUAAUCGUAAAUAGUCGCAAUUCAAACCAUCUAUAAAAUAUGCCAUAUUUUUCUGUAAAUUAUUGUUGGAAUGGAAAGACAGACACGAGACGGAUAUAUGCAGUCAACAUACUGUACAUAACUACUGUAUUUGUUUAUUAUAACAAUAAACCAACAAGAUGGGAUUAACAAUAUUAAUAUAUUCUUUAUAUCAAUAUAUUUUUUCAAAAAUGGAUGUUUAUCUUAAAACUAGGUGUGUCAAACAAUUGACAAUUUUUAAUCAAGUUAAUUACAGCUUAAAAAUUAAUUAAUCGCAAUUAAUCGCAAUUCAAACCAUCUAUAAAAUAUGCCAUAUUUUUCUGUAAAUUAUUGUUGAAAUGGAAAGAUAAGACACAAGAUGGAUAUAUACAUUCAACGUACGCUACAUAAGUACUGUAUUUAUUUAUUAUAAAAAUAAAUCAACAAGAUGGCAUUACCAUUACUAACAUUCUGUUAAAGCGAUCCAUGGAUAGAAAGACUUGUAGUUCUUAAAAGAUAAAUGUUAGUACACGUUAUAGAAAUUUUAUAUUAAAACCCCUCUUAAUGUUUUCGUUUUAAUAAAAUUUGCAAAAUUUUCAAUCAAAAAAUAAACUACUAGCUCGCAAUUGUUGAUGUCAAUAAUUACACCAUGCUCAUGGUGCUGACACGCAUAAAAUCAGUCGCACCCAAGCGCCAGCAGAGGGCGGCAAAACACCAAAAAACACAAGUAACGAGAGGAAAUGACAAUUUGCUGUCAUCUUAAUCUGUUUGAGCGGGGCAUGUGCGUGAAAUGCCUCAAAUAUUUUUACAUUAUUAAUUUAAAAAAUAAAUUAACACCUGCCAUUUGCCAAGUCCCACAGCCUUGAUAGACGCUGGAAAAGUGGCAAAAGAUGGAUUUUUCAGAUGAAUCUUCCAUUGAAUUACAGCACAGUCGCCGCAAAUAUUGCAGGAGACCUACUGGAGCCCGCAUGGAUCUGAGAUUCACUCAGAAAAUAGUGAAGUUUGGUGGUGGCAAAAUCAUGGUCUGGGGUUACAUCCAGUAAGGGUGUGUGUGAGAGAUCUGCAGGGUGGAAGGCAACAUAAAUAGUCUGAAAUAUCAACAAAUCUUAGCUGCCUCUCACAUUCCUAACCAUAAAAAGGGACAAAUUCUGCAGCAGGAUGGUGCUCCAUCGCAUAUUUAAAUCUCUACCUCAAAGUUCAAGGCAAAGAACAUCAAGAUCCUCCAGGACUGGCCAGUCCAGUCACCAGACAUGAACAUCAUUGAGCAUGUUUGGGGUAGGAUGAAAGAGAAAGCAUGGAAGACGAAACCAAAGAAUGUUGAUGAAGUCUGGGAGGUAUGCAAGACUUCUUUCUUUGAUGUUCCUGAUGACUUCAUCAAUAAAUUGUAUGAAUCCUUGCCGAACCGCAUGGAUGCAGUCCUUCAAGCCCAUGGAAGUCAUACAAAAUAUUACAUUUGGAUCUCACAGCACCACUAUGUUAUGUAACAUAUUUGUGUAUUUGAAGUACAUUUUUGUUCAAUUUUCACACUGCUUUCUGUAGGCGACCAAACUUUUGUCUUGCCAAAAUUUGACAGUUAUGUCUUCAUUAAAUGAAAAAUCUUUUUUCAGUGAAACAAAUAUAUUUUGUACAUUCAACAUCAUUUGGGAGGGUCUUAGCUUUCAAAUGAGCCAUUUCUGAAACCAAUUGAAUUAUUAAAAGU